UAAUUUCUUUUAUUAAUAUUUUUCUUAGUUUGUCCUCAAUAAUGCCAAUCCACUUGUUAAUUCUUAAAUGGCUCUGUAAAAUGCGAUUCUUGUGCUUCUGGCUACUUUGGUGAUGCUUGUGACUAAUGUUCUAUGACCUGUAAGACUUGCAUUGAUACCUCUAUAAAAUGUACUUCGUGCAAUAUUGGAUAUUACUUAAAUGGAGAAACUUGUACUGAAUGUGCCACGCAUUGUGUUACUUGUGCUGAUACAACUGGCUACUGUUUGAGCUGCGAAGGUCAAUAUUUGGUCGAUGAAUUCAAUAAAUCUUGCUCAAAUUGUACUUGUGAGACAGGUUAAUAUUAUGAUAGUGGUUAAAAAGAAUGUAUGGCUUGUAAUUCUGCUUGUACAUCAUGUGUUGGUCUUUCCAAUAACUGUCAAUCCUGUGUCUCUAACUUUUAUUUGGAUAACUCAACAUGUACUGAUUGUCCAGACCCUUGUAUAACUUGUAGUGCAAUAAACACCUGUCAAUCAUGCAUCGUUGGUUAUUAUUUAGAGGACACAACUUGUAAAUUAUGCUAAUCUCCAUGUGUGGCCUGUUCGAAUGCAGAAAGUUGCUCUCAAUGUGCAGAUGGAAAUUAUCUUGAUGGUUCGACUUGCACCCAAUGCAAUUCUUCUUGCACAAAAUGA